ACUGCCGAAGCAUGCAGAGCCAGGCACCAGUGAAGAGAGAACCAACUGAAGAGGAAAUAUCCACAAGUCCAAACGACGCCGCCUGGCAGACGCCACCGGUACAGGUGAUGAACGAGGCAGAGAUCGAUGAUGCCACUGAUACCACUGUACCCGUGAUCAACGAGGUGUACAGCGAAAACCCUGCGGGGGAAUAUUUUGAGAUAAUCGAGACAGAGGACUUGGAUUUAAACAUAAAGACCGAGGAGGCCGUGGAGGAAGAAGAGGAAGAGGAUGAAGGCGAAGAGAUUACCCCCAACCCGUCACGGAUGAAGAGACCUUUUACCAUGAGGGUGGUGGAUCAGGCAGAGGAUACACAGCCAAACAAUGCGGGACCACCGCCGCUCCACUUCCAGUGCAUAGACUGUCCAAAGACGUUCCCCAAGAAGGCGCAGCUCGUUCUCCACAGUCGCGCCCACAAAAAGAGGAAGCUGGCUGAGGCGGACGACUAGCCCCGCCUUGAAUGGAAGUCGUAUCAAGUAAUCUGAAACAAUAUGUUGUAUUUUGUUAGAGCUAGGAGAGAUAAAUGUUUUAGCUAUAAGGAAGGAAAAAAGGAUUGUCCUGUCCCAUGGACUACAUGCCACACUGACAUGCUGGAAUGCAUUUUUGGUGCGGGACAGACAAUGGGAACGAACCCACAAAUUAUUUAAUUUACAUAAAUAUCUUUAAAUGUUUUACGUUUUGUCAAACUAAAUGUACUGGCUUCGAUAGAGACCCCGCCACGCGCCGAUAUGUAUGACUUGGAAAACACACAGUUUUAUUGCAAAUAAAUUCUUGGAUAUUUCUUAAUCUUAA